UCACAGCUGGUGCAGGAGCCUGGAGGCUUCACAAUAUUUAACAAUGAAGACUGUUUAGGCUUAGCACUGAAUGAGAGUGACUGCGCACCGGAGAAACUGCUGGUUUUAACCGGUAGUUGGUUAAAUGCAGAGAAUGUCUGACCUAUGAGGCGGAGGGACCUAAGUCACAGCGUCCUUUUCUCCUGCAACCUUGACUGUUGUGAAGUAUUGCAAACUGCGUCAUCUACUGGUUGAAUGGAACUGUCGCUGGAACAGAAGCACUAAAGUCAAAAGUCCAGUUUUGCUGGAGUUCUCUACGGCCCUUGGACUUUCACAUUAAUGUUCUGGAGUCUCAGGGUACGAUAGUGGAUGACUUUCCUUCUACAAUGGAACUGGGUGUGCCUUCAUUGAACUGAUCGGAUUUCUACGGGAGGAGUGUGAAUUACAUUCACGAGGGGAGGAGAGACUAGUUGAAAAGAUGACUAUUUUAGGAAUCAGCCGUCGCACCUGGCGAGGACUCUCAGUCCUAUUUGGCGGAGUUCUCGUACAUCUGUCGUUUGGAACGCUCUACACUUUUGGUAA